GCACUCGAUCGAUAAAUCGCACUGAUUGUUCUAGCUGAAGUGUGAACUUGUGAUUAUUGGUGGUUAUAUUUUACGGAAAAAGUUUUCCGUAAAAUAAUUGUUCAAAUUGAUCACCGCAAUACCGAAAUCUAUCGGUAAAAAAUGUCCAGCAUACAAAACUUCUUCAAACGUUAUUUGCCGGUAGUCAAGGCUGACGAGGGAGAAGAAGAAGAGUUGGUAGAUCCACAGAAAGUGCUCCGUGAGGAAUGCUCUCAACUAUCAAAAUGCGUCAAUUUACAAGAGAAAUUAAACACAUGCAAUGACCGUGUUAAUUCAAGAUCCAACACAGAGGAAACUUGUAUAGAGGAACUAAUUGAUUAUGUGCAAUGCGUAGAUCACUGCGUCUCAAAGACUCUAUUUAGUAAACUCAAGUAAUCAUAUUCCUUUGAAGAGCCGAUUGUUCAACAUGUUAAAACUUAAUUUCUUGACGAUUGUAUAUAUCAAUAGUUAGCAAUAAAAAGUAAGUUAUUACAAAUAAAAA